AGCACAUCCUGAAACGGGUGCUAGCGAGUAGUUUAAAUACUCGUAUUUGUACACCCAUAUGAGAGGGUUUGGAUAUCUCCCCUUAUAGUCUUUUUCCUUUGUGUUGUCCUUCGUUUUGGGGAGGUUAAUUGAUAAAAUCAAAUAUACGAGUCUGAAGAAAGAAAAAAAUCCUUGCUCCUUGCUUCCUUCCUCGAGGAAAUAUAAAAUUUCCACUUAAGAACCGGAUAUGCCCGUUCAGUUCAUCGAUUGAUUGUUUCGCGCGGGAAAUUAAUGAAAUACUGUGGUGGUGUUGGUUUAUGGUUUCACGAAGUGAACAAAAAUAGUGCAAAAUAAAAGGUCCUUUCACUAGGACUUGAAAGGCUUGAAAAAAAAAGUGAAUUAAAUUCUUCAGCAACAACAGCAAAAAUAAACUGCAGCUCAUCGUCAUCGUAGCUCGUCAUCCAAGUUAUCGUCGUCAUCGUCAUCGAGUCAAAAAUACGUCGAGUACUGUUAAGUGAAGUAGAACAUGGUGCUAACGGCCUGUUAUUAAAGGUUGGACCGUUUUUUUCCCAGCUUUUGCUUCCAUUCUUUUUUCUUCUUCUGAAUUUACUGUUCACUGGUCCUAUAAUAAUCGAUAUCCUUUUUUCCGUUAUUACUUCCCUCGGUUAAGCAUAAGUGAAAAAGAGGCUGGCUGCCAAUCUGUAUCUUGCCCCAUUUUCUCUGAUAUAACAAUUUUGACCAAAUGAUACUCAAUAAUUUUGAAGGAAGAAAUAAAUAAAAUAACGCCUUCACUUUACUCGGUUCGGUGCCGCUAUGAGGUUUGACACAAUACCCAGAUAAUAAACGAUAAAUAAAUCUUCCGGUCAUUGGUUUUAUAUUCAGAAUUCAGGAUCCCAGGAUUAUACAAUAUUUCGCCCGACCCGUUUGAGUUUUGUAAAUCGAACCGACGAUCAAUAAUGAUGCAGCAAUAAAUUGUUAAAAUUUAUUUUAAAGUGAUAUGUUAUAAGAAGUGAUAAAGAAAGUGGUCAACAAAAUUUAAUACAAUAGAAACAAUUAUUUAAAAUUUGCAUGAUUUCUGAAAAUAAUUAAGAGGAAUAAAAAAUCUAAUCAAAAUGAAUGACGAUUCACCAAUGCGCGUACAAAAGAAGACACGAAGUGCUUCAAUAUGUGCGGUUACUGGAAGUUUAGAAGCAGCCAUACAAAAUAUGCCAUCUGGUAGUGCAACACCAGAUGGUGGGACUCCUGGUUAUAGAAGAAGAAGACCCGCAACUAGAACACAAAGUGCCAGAAUAACAGGAGGAGCAAGAUCUGUUCGAAGAAAAGCCCAAGCCCAACAACAGCAACAACAACAAAAUCUUCAAGAAACCCGCUCUUAUUGUACAAGUGAGCCGCGACUUAGUGAAACGGAAACACCGCCACAAAGACGUAAACUUUCCCAAAGAAGACCACAACAUCAACAAGGACAAAGAAAAUCAAAUGCCUUUCUGGAUGUACCAUCGCUCAAUAUGCAUCACUUACAAGUAAGUGAUGGAGAGGAUCAAGAUGUUGAUAGACUUCGAACAUUUAGCUCCUCAAAAGGAGGCGUUAUAAAUAGAGGUGAUUCCUUUCGACGUCGACGUUCACGAAGCAAUAGUUUGGCACCGUCCAGUCCCAUGCACCAAAGAGGGAACACCGGAGGCGGUGUUGGAGGUGGUGGAGGUGGAGGUGGCACAACAACCGAACUUGGUUCGCAAUCUAAUCAAAAGGUUGAUGUUUACCAUGUACAAAUGCUGGGCUCACAAGGAGUUGGCAAGGCGGCACUGGUGUCGCAGUUCAAGACUUCUGAUUGUAUAAAUGCUUAUGAUGGACCAGACACUGACGAAGCUGAACAAAAUAUUUCAAUCAUCUUGAAUGGCAUUGAAUCGGAAUUGAAAUUCACGAUAGGACAUCAAGAUAACAAGGAUGAAUUAGAAAAAUCCGAUGCGUAUCUGGUUGUGUAUUCAGUUGUUGACAAGGAAUCAUUUACACGAGCCAAACAAAUCCUAUCACGCCUACAGGAUAUGGAUUUGGUUAGGACGCGACCGAUAAUAUUGGUAGCUAAUAAAAUUGAUUUAGCGAGGUCACGUGCCGUUUCAGCACAAGAUGGCAAAUGUCUUGCAUGCACAUUUGGUGCAAAAUUUAUUGAGGUAUCUGUUGGCAUAAAUCACAAUUGCGAUGAAUUAUUAGCUGGGGCGUUAACACAAAUUCGCCUGAAGAAGGAACAAAAUUUAUUACAGAAAAAUACUCAGGACACUGGUAAACCAACAUCAAAAAAUAAAGGACUCACGGAAAAGUCAAAUCAAACAAAAAAUAACGAAAACUUGGGCCAUCGAGAAUCACCAGCUCACUGGUAUAAAAGUCGCAGUGUUGUCCUUGCCAGCAUGAAGGCUCGCCAAAUGCUAACAUGGAUCCUUGGCAAAGAAGACUCAAAAUUCAAGCACUGUGAAAAUCUUCAAGUCCUCUGAGCUUCAGCCAAGAGUAAAUAAAUUAUCUUAUCUCUUUUUUUAUUUAUUUUGUUUUGAGUGCAAAUAAAAUUUAAAUUAAAAAAAAAAGAACAAGAAAAUUGUGAAUCAAAUGAAAAAAUAAAUAAAUAAGAAAAACAAAAAACCAUCGGUUUCUAGAUUUCAUUUAUUUUUCUAUCAAAACGAUUUUGAUUUGAAUAAAAAUCAAAAUUAAACUAAAUAAUAUUUUAAAAUGAGACCAAUCCUAUAGAAUUUGUAUCCCCUUACAUAUAUGAUAAAUAAAUUAAAAACAAUAAUAUUAAAUAUAAAUUAAUUAAAAUUCUAAAAAAAAAGAAAAAUAUUUAACAAUUAGACAAUAGAAAUUAUAAAAUAUAUGCGUGAUACAAGGUAUCACACGAUGUUACUUAGUUUUUUUAUAUUAUUAAACAAAAAAAUAAAACAUUUAUUAUGUAUACUAUCUAUAAAGUUAAAUCCUUAAAAUAUAUUCUUUUUGAUGUUGUUUCAUUUAAAAACUAUAAUUUAUUGAUGCUAAAUA